AUGGGGGAGGAACUGGGCUUCGGGCAGACAGCCUGUGUGGAAAUGCUGCCUGUGGACCUCGGCGGCCCGCCCAGAGCCAGAGCCAGGCUGGAAGCCAGGAACAGCAGUGUGUGCUGGGCUCUCACCUGCUUACUGGCAUUGCUCCCCAUCAUAGCCGGGCUUACCACCUAUGUGCUUGUGGGCCAGCUCCGGGCCCAGGGAGAGGCCUGCAUGUUCCAGACUCCAAAGGGACAAAAGUUGGGACCAUCACAUCAGCGAGUUUACAUGCCUCCCAGAGCAGAUGGAACUAAGCCAAGGGCACACCUGACAGUUGUCAAACAAAGUUCUACACAGAACUUGAAAAAUCAGUUCCCAGCUCUACAUUGGGAGCACGAACUUGGCUUGGCCUUCACUAAGAAUCGGAUGAACUACACCAAUAAGUUCCUGCUCAUCCCAGAGUCCGGAGACUACUUUGUUUACUCGCAGGUCACAUUCCGAGGAACCACAUCCGAGUGUGGUAAAAUGAGCAUAGCGAGACAACCAAGCAAGCCGGAUUCCAUCAUCGUGAUUGUCACCAAGGUAACAGACAGCUACCCCGAGCCAACCCAGCUCCUAACGGGGACCAAGUCAGUGUGUGAAAUAGGCAGCAACUGGUUCCAACCCAUCUACCUCGGGGCUGUGUUCUCCUUGCAAGAAGGGGAUAAACUGAUGGUUAAUGUCAGUGACAUCUCCUUGGUGGACUACACAAAAGAAGAUAAAACCUUCUUCGGAGCUUUCUUGCUAUAG